GCCCGGAGGUGUCCGGUCGCACUGCGGGCCUGGGCUCUGCUGCAGCGCCGGUGACUCGGGCACCGGGAGACCUGCAUGGAGGGGUGGGGAAAGCCGCGAUGGCCGAGGUGGGGUGGCAGGUCAGGGACAGGAGUGCUGGCGUCCGCGGCUACUGCCUCGCUUGAGCCUUGUUCUUUAUGAUUACAGCUUUGAGCUGUAGUGAUCAGACAGGUCGCACUGCCCUCCAGCCUCCCUGGGGACGAGAUUUUCUUUCUUUCUUUUUUUUUUUUUUUCUUUUUUGGUAGGGUUUUGCAGUUUGAGAAGCUUCCUCUGAAUGCUUCAUCUGUCCAAGAGUUCAGUUUACCUUUUCUGAAACCUUUUUCUUUGAAGGGAUAUAGGUAUGCAAUAGGUGAUGAUUUUAGUGACUAAACGAAUUACAGAAAGGUGCUUUGCUGUUGGCAUCCAGUAGUUGAAAUGUAAAAGUCGGGGCCUGAAGAGAUAACUCAGCAGGAACUAUGAAUGGGAGGGCUGAUUUUCGAGAACCGAAUGCACAAGUGUCAAGACCUAUUCCCGACAUAGGAGGCGGUUAUAUUCCGACAGAGGAGGAGUGGAGACUCUUUGCAGAGUGCCAUGAAGAGUGCUUCUGGUUCAGAUCUGUGCCGUUGGCUGCCACAAGUAUGCUGAUUACUCAAGGAUUAAUUAGUAAAGGAAUCCUGUCAAGUCAUCCAAAAUAUGGUUCAAUUCCUAAACUUCUAUUCGCUUGUAUCGUGGGGUACUUCGCUGGAAAGCUUUCUUACGUGAAAACGUGCCAAGAGAAGUUCAAGAAGCUUGAAAACUCCCCCCUUGGAGAAGCACUGCGGUCGGGAGAAUUGCGGCGCUCUUCUCCACCAGGGCACUAUACUCAAAAGCCUAAAUUUGACUCAAAUGUGAGUGGUCAGUCCUCUUUCGGGACAUCUCCAGCAGCAGACAACAUAGAAAAGGAGGCGCUUCCUCGUUAUGAGCCAAUUCCAUUUAGUGCUUCUAUGAACGAGUCCACUCCCACUGGUAUUACUGACCAUAUUGCCCAAGGACCUGAGCCCAACCUUGAAGAAAGUCCCAAAAGAAAAGGUGUUACAUAUGAGGAAUUAAGGAGUAAGAACAGAGAGUCCUAUGGAGUAACUUUACCCCACAAGACUGACCCCUCAGUCAGGCCCAUGCAGGAAAGAGUGCCCAAAAAAGAAGGUAUGAUGACAGUUGAGUCUACUCAUGACUCUAGAUUGGAAACUGAAGUUUUAGCUUAAGAUGUUAUUAUGUUAAUAUGUCUAACUCUUCAAGAUAUUUACCAAAGUAAAUUAUUUUUAGAAGAAUAGUCACUUAAGAGUGGGUGAGAUGACUCAGCAGGUAGAGCCACUUGCCACCAAGCCUGAUGACCUGCGUUUAGUCCCUGGGGAUCUGAUGGAUGCUAGAGAGAAAUAACCAACUUCAGAAAAUUGAACUCUGACAUGAUGCAACACACAACAUUUGACAUAAAUAAUAACAAACUUUUUUUUUUUUUUAAAGACAAGGUUUUUUUCCUGUAGCCCUGACUAUCCUAAAACUUACUCUCUAGACCAGGCUGACCUCAAACUCACAGAGAUCUGCCUGUCUCUGCCUCUUGAGUGCUGGGAUUAAAUGCACGUGCCACCACUGCCAACUAAUAAUUUUUUAAGUUACUUAUUUCACAGUUUCCACUUUAAGGUAUUUCAAAGAAUGUUGUGUGCAAGAAAACAAACCUUAGUUAGAGAGACACAGAACAAGGAAAGCAGCUCUUAGUACAGUGUUCUUCCUUACAGAGAAUCACCUUGGGAACGUAUACCUUCUCCCUAAUGAUUGAGUGUGUCUGCUGCCUAACCAGGGUUAGCGACAGAGGCUGAUGACUGUCCAGUAAUGGUAUUCGAGCAAAAUUAUGGAGUCACAAUUGAGCAGUAAGAUGCUUUAUUGUACGUUUGUGUAAUUGAAAGGCUUAUACAUCUUACAGGCAGGCUUUUAUGGCUUUUCCAGAGGAGGAAUUUUACUUUUUCUCUAUAAUUAAUAAACUUUAAGUUAUAAUUUAAUUUUGUUGGACAGCAAUAUGUUCAAAAAGUAAAACUUUGGACACAUUUUUAAUAACCAUUUUUAUUUAGAAUUUUAUGACUUCUAAAGAAUGUCAAGGGCUGGCCCAUGUUUUUCUGUGCGCUUAUUUAAAAGUUGAGGGAAGUGGUUAGAAAUGCACAGGGCCCUGGUUUCUAUAUAUAGCACAACAAAGUAAUAAAUAUGUAAUGGGUAAAUAAACUAUCAAAGGCAGGAACAAGUCUUAAUGCCUCCUGGAGGGCCAUGUAUGGCAAAGUGCAAAACUGCACAGCAGUCCUUGGUAACUUACAGCCAAGUCUGUCUGGUUGCUGACAGCUGCUUAUCUUACAGCUGCUUCUGCAGCCUUGAGGCAUCUCAGUGUUGCUGUAAAACUCUGUACCUUUGGAGUAGAUAUGAGACCUGGAAUGCCGCUGUGGCCCCACUGUAGGUUGUGCUGGCUGACAGAGGCUGCGUGUAAUCCUGACGCACACACGAGGGCAGGAAGCUUUCUGCCUCUUUUUAUGCUUCUUUACUCCGUGUCUCACAGAUACAUCUGCACUCAUGAGUCAGACAAGAACUACUGUGUUUUUUUUUUUUUUUUUUUUAAAGAUUUAUUUAUUUAUUAUAUGUAAGUACACUGUAGCUGUCUUCAGACACACCAGAAGAGGGAGUCAGAUCUCGUUACGGAUGGUUGUGAGCCACCAUGUGGUUGCUGGGAUUUGAACUCUGGACCUUCGGAAGAGCAGUCAGGUGCUCUUACCCACUGAGCCAUCUCACCAGCCCACUGUGUUUUAUUUUAUUUUACUCAGGUUUUAGUGUAAGAGGCUAGGGAAAGCUUUGUGUACUUGUGGCAUUUGCUCCAUUUGGCAUGUGGAGCUUGAGCUGGGCGUUCUUAGGUUGCUGUUCCGUGACACAGUAAUAAGGCUCAGGAAAACAGCUCUUUUCCUUCUAGGAGAAAAAUUGAGGAUUUUCUUGUGCUUUAAAAAUAUUACAAUUUAAAGAAAAGACCUGUUAUGAAAUUGUGAUUUUUAUUCUUCUAAAAUGUUCUUAAAUCUAGAUAGAAAUUUGGACAUUGGUACAGUGUAGACUCAGAAUCAUUGAAAGUAUUAAUACUUUGAGCUUUUAUCUGGGCAAUGGUGGCUCACGCUGUGAGUCUCAGCACUGGGGAGGCAGAGGCAGUGGCAGAUAGAGCUCUGGAGUUUGAGACCAGCCUGGUUGAUAGAGUGAGUUCCAGGACAGCCAGGGCUGUUACACAGACAAGAAGCUCUGUUGUCUCAAAAAACAAUGCAAAACAAAAACUGAGCUUUAUUUGGAUUAUUUAUAUUAGUAUUUAUUUCACUAGAAAUGAAGAUAGAAAGCGUAUUAACAGAGCAAUACACCACACAUCAUAGGUAUGGUUCUAGAAAAAUACCGUAUGCUUAUAAAGAACAAAGCAAACUGAUAGAACACUGGGGCAAUGGACUGUGAUUUGAAUGUGACUUCUAGACUCAGAAGAGCCUCAUCUCUGCAUUGUUAGAAUCACCUGAGCUUCGCCAUCGGUGUUAA